UUAAUUCAUUAUUGAACUUUGCCAUAACAAUGAGAUUAAUCGCGAUUAAAAACUUUAAUCGUUGCCCAGCUCUAGUCAAAACUGAUGCUUUGCUGCAUUAAUGUCAUAAAAUUGACGUCAGACCUUUAUUGUGAAAUCCUUGAGACUCUCCCUCACUGAGCUGAUGUCACUUCCUGUCUUCAGAGCUGACGGCGCAGCUUCGACCAAUCUCAGCAGAGGACCGCCUCCCAGAGCGCAGCCUCCGCCUGUUACCCGUGGCAACGCCAACAACAUCGUCAAAGAUGGGCACAACGCUCAGCUGCUGCCACCACAGGAGGUGGUGGAGACCAGCAGGACAGCUUCUUCCUACGCUCUGAGGCCGCCUCCCCCUCCUCUAAAACCGAAACUUUCUGCUGCAUCUCAGCCUCUGGUGCCUCAAAGACCCGCCCCCACUCCACCUGUUUAACCAAUCAGGGGGGGUCCCCGCCUUGCCACACCUGGAUGACACCGCUCCUCCUCUUCUUCUUCUCCUCCUCUUCUUCAACCUCAGUCCCAAACCUAGCAACAGCCAGGAACGGAUUAUGGAGCCAAGAUGGCGGACAGCUAGCCAGCCCUGGACUACUGUACAAAAAAUCUGGACCGCUCCGCCCAGGAGCCUGGUCCCAGUCGGACCGGACUGAGAAUUCACCAGAACUGCACUGAAGCAGCUGCUGUUUCUACAGACUUUCUUUCUUUAUAUCUAGUUCAGUCUGGAGACAAAACUCAGCCAAUCAGGCGACUGCUCUGUCACCAAACCAGCCAAUAAUAUCUCCAGAACACUUACACAUACUUUCCGGCUCUUCUGCAGCGAGGCUAGCUGUGAUAUAUUAGCCAAAUCCUCAAAAUAUCUCUCCAGCCAGCUGGCUGGAGUUAGCUACCCUGAGUUAACUGUGACGUCAACAAGCCAAAUACUAAAUACGCUUGUUACCCAAUGUGUUCAAUAUUUUGUAUUGCUAGUGUAAAGCUCAGCUAAUAAUUACAUUAUAUUUUUUAAAUCUAAUGGUUGAUAGCUAAGCUAAGGAAGCUUACAAUUUCAUGAGCUAAUGCUAAUUACUACAGUCACUAAUGAGUCACUACCCAAUCAAAUAUUCAUUCCUCGUGAUCAACAUUUUGUAAAAUUAAUUAAUUAGAAUUGGCUAGCUAAUUACCUUUGCUAGCUAACAAUGCUAGCAGGCUUACAUGGUUAUAAGCAAGUGCUACGUAGCAACCGUGGUUCCAAAAUGUAAUACUACUGCUAGUGCUGUUGAUACCGCUUAGUUAGUUAGCAUUCAGGCUAGUUUACGAGCAGUUGCUAGCUAACAUGUGUUAAGAUCACAAGGUCAUAGCUAAUGCUAGUUAGCUGCAGUGUUUCCCAAAUUUCAUACCACUGCUAGCAUCACAAAAUAUAUGCAGUUAGCUAGCCAGUUUAAUAGCUAAGCUAAGUAACCUUAUCCACCAUUCCAUUUGAAUGUGCAAAAUGUAACCACUAUAUUUAGCGCCCUCAAAUUAAUUGUUAAAUGCUAAUCAAACAAUGACGUUUAGCUAACUGCUAAUCGUGUGUACUGAGAGGCGCCUCGCUCUGAUUGGCUGGUUUGAAGACAGAUCGGUCCCUGGAAGCGGAGCUUACACUUGAACUCUUCUCUAUCUGUUUCCUGUCUCUGAAUGAAGCACUGGUGCCGUCUGAUUGCACCUCCCCUCUGCUCAGCGCUGUCAUCGGAAUGUAACGCACCCCCUGCUGUUGGGUGCGCUCGCUCUCUUAACUCCCCUUCUUCCAGAAUUGUAAAAAAAAAAAAAUCACAGUAUGCAACAGUGUGUUGAGUGCAGAGCUCCUCUGGGUUUUUACUUCCUGAAUGGAUCUGAUUGGUACGUUGAUGUUUGAGACUUUCUGCAGGGACGGUACGCUCUGAACCCUGAACCUUUAACCCUGAUCCUUGAAACCUUUAACCCUGAACCCUGAUCCCUGAAACCUUUAACCCUGAACCCUGAAACACUUCAGCACUGUUUGAUCUCACAUCCGUGACCUUCAGGAUCUCCUCUGGAAAUCUCAGGCCCCGUCUACGCGUAUGCAGAUAUUUACCUCUGGUCCCUGUUCACACUGGAGCCUGAAAACAACACUUGUCGGGCCAGUAGGUGGCGAUAAAGACUCCAAAAUAUACGUCAAAUACCACAGAAGAAGAUUCUGCAGUCAGCUUAAUUUACGGUUUAAACUUGAUGAUAAGUUGAGACGUAAAGUAGUCGGAGCUAACAGAACGUAAACAAACCAGCAGUCCGUUGUUGUUGUUGUUUACUGUUGCAUCAGUCUGAGCACCAAUGGGCGCACACGGAUCGAGGAGAUGACGUCAUCGUUUUGAAACACAGUGAACGGAGUUUAGAAAAGUCACAAAAAUCUUAGUUUAAUGAACUAAAACUGUUUGUGGACGAGAGACCAAAACGUUUACGUGUAGGCGGGGCCUAAAUGUCCAAGAGGACACACCCCCCCCAACCCUUUUUUUUAACCACCACUUUAUUGGUUUUUGACAGGCUCAGUGUGUGACGUACAUGCUUUUUAUAAUAUAGAGAAAGAUUCAAAGAGUCGGACUGAUUCUACGGAGGUCGUUGCUUUUAUUUUGUGGAUCGAUGUGUAAAACGCUGACUCAUGUUUCAGCGUGGACGAGGAAAAGUGAACUUUUAGAAAACCAGUGAAGUAGAGAGACGACAGGAAGUCACUCUGAGAGGGAAGAACUACACAAACAUCACAACCAGGAUGUUUGUGACCGGCUCUGGAUGCACUGAGACCUUCAUUCAUACUUUAUAUGAACUGUCUGCAGUGUUCUCCACACUUAAAGAAGUCCCUCACGGGGAUCAUUUUGUGCCAUUUGAUCGCUUUUCAUGCCAAAAAAAUGUAUAAUCGGUGUCUCCCUCUGAACUUAGUUUCCUGUAGAAAGAGGAGAACAAACUGUUCAGACUGAAGUUAUUUUGAGACGCGAGAGCAGCUGAAGAGCAUCACGUUACAGUCGUGAACUGCUGACGCGUCACUUUAAAAGUAGAAGAAAGUCUCCUGAUAGUCUGAAAAACAUCCAUCGUCUCAUGUUUCAGACUCAAACCAGCACCGAAUGUUUUGCAAGUCUCUGAUGUCACUUUAAAACAUUCACCAGGGAGCCUCAUCACUCAAACACCAGAACAAUACGUCUGGAUUCAUCUGCCGCUGAAAAUAGUCCGCGACAAAGUCACUAUUUCCUCUUGUGUUGGCUCAAGAAGUGUUAAAAAUACAUAAAUACAUAUUACAGAACAAAUCAAAUAAACAUAACAAAUAAAAACCUGGAGUUUUUUUCAAGAUUCAGUACUUUAUUGUCAUUUCAACAGUUAAUAGGAAUUUGCUUUCAGGACUGCAGUGAUUCACUUUUUUCAGUUCGUUUUUGUUUAUGACUUAGUUUCAUAUUUUAAAUGAUUGUUUUGUCUUUAAAAUAUUUCUCAGAUCAAAUGAAAAAUCAAAACGCAGGAAGAAAAAAUAGAAAAAUGACUGAAAAUGAUUGUUUCAAAUGUAAUUUACAAAGAUUUAAAACGUGGUGCUGCUUCUUUUCCAAAUACACAAACAUAAUGUGAAAAGACACAAGAAGAACAAGUUCAUUCAUUCAUCAACUAUUCAGUUCUGAAGUCUACAGUGUUUAAACAAGUCAAACUAUAUUUUUGUGUUAAAGAUUUACGUCUUCAGUAGGAACCAACGAGCCUCAGACAGGAAGUGAGACGUGUUUAGAGACGGACCAACAUGUUGGUUUGAGUCUGAACAUGAGAUUUAUAUUAAAAUAUGUAUACAAACAUAUAUAUAUAUAUAUAUAUAUAUAUAUGAGAUAACACACGUGAGCAGGGCCGUAGGUCUACAGUCACACUCGAAGCUUAUUGGUUCCUACCUGAGAGCUCUACUGUGUGUGUGUGUGUGUGUAUGUGUGUGUGUGUGUGUGUGUGCGCAGCCUGAGAGGUAGUACUCAGGGCUGCAGAGUCUCACUUGCGGUUCUUUAUAUUUAUAAACCUGUUAAACGCUGAGAGUCUUCUUCAUUAUAAUAAAUUAGUUCAUCUUUUCUGAAAUGUAAACAUGUUAUCUGUGGUAAUACUUUUCUUUAUUUCAUGAUUAGAUCUGAGUCUGGUGUUUCUGAUCAUAACUGUAACUAUGAGCCCAAAGUGCUGUGUUCAAAGGGCUGAUUAUGAGAUGAACUCAUUCUGCAGCUUCAUGUGACACUUUAAUAAACGUCAUCAAUCAGUG